CACGGUGACGCAGAAGAAGCGCGGCCAUGGCGCCACGUACAUGAUUCAGUGUGCCAAGAACUACUACGCGGCCUCGGGUGAAGAUCCCGACUACAUCAAGUGCAACGACGGGAAAUGGAGUGCCUUCCUUCUCGUCUGCAUGGGUGAGGACUGCCACUCGAUUGCGUCAGUCCUUGAUGUCUCCACCUUGAUGUGUCCAGAAAACUGCAAGGGCCUGCCUCGGUACGAGUUUCGUUAUGUGGCGACCCCGAUAGAAUCCCCGUCGGGCACCGCCCCGGUGUAUCGACACAACGCCCGGUUCAACGUGACCUGCGCCCCAGGGUUCGGCCGCAUCGAGGGCCCUGCGGAGGGGUGGGAGGUCAUCAAAUGCAUCGACGGCGGAUAUGUCCAGAAGACACUCAGAUGCGGGAGUAAGUCAGCCAAUCGAAACGAUCUAUGACGCAAGAGCCACAUGGGUGUUUCGUUCAUCAAUCAGAGGACUGUGAGGGCGAGUUUCCCUACAAAGAGGGCUACAUCUUCUCCGCUCCCGCCGGCCACAUGCCUUACUACUACGACCAGCCUCCAUGGGAGUCCCGCAACGCAUCCGCGAACGCGUCCACGCCCACCGGCUUCAUUGGCCAGCAGCAGCAACUCACGCCCAUCGCGUGGGGGCCCAACAUGAUACAGAAGGGGGCAACUGACAAGUGUGUCAGCCACAGUGGCGCUCGAAGCAGCAGCACAACGACUGUGUCACCCCAACUCGAGUGCGCGCUAGACGGUGCGUCGCAGCUGAGCGCUGCGGAUGAGACACUACCAUGGCCCCAGCACCCUCCACACAGCUUCUUCGAGCACGCGAGAGAGCUGCAUGUCAUAUGGCUGGACCAGCCUUCACAGAGGGGCCUUAGUACCGGACAAACUCCAAGCCACAGUACGAACGAUACACGAAGAACAAAGCAACGAGCAGCUUCCCGGUUGAUGUCUCUGUCAUUCAGUGAGGAAUGUGGCAGUGAAGAGGCAUGCAUAUCAGAGCAGCACACAGAAAGAGGCGAGUGCCAGUCGAGCUGUGGAUGGCAACCGCAACACGGACUUCAGAAGCGAAUCAUGGUACGAAUGCCGCCUUGAGGUGAUGAGAUAGAGCUGACUCACUGACUCAAACAAACACGCCACUCGAAUGAAUCAAUCCCCUGUGGUGCACUGUGGUAUGUCUCUUUGACUGCAGUGCUGAGACCGACCCGAACUGGCCAGAGGCUAAUCCAUGGUGGGUGAGCGGCUGCUGGCCAAUCAAUCCGUGCUAUUUCUUGACACCUGCCGUCUGCCAGGUGGUAUGUGGACCUAAACGAGACAAAUGACGUCAACAACGUCGUCAUAUACGCCGACAGUGUCAAGUUCCGCGAGUAAGCCAGACGGACUUAUACCCAGGCAGUCAGUCGUCAACCGAAAGGAAUGCGACUUCAUAUUCGCAUCUCGCCACCAAUGCUUUGUGUCUGUCUGUGGUCAGUCUGAUUGGUGCUAUGGUGUACGUGGGCAUGUCGUCUGUGCACUACAGCAACAACACCCUCUGCGGCACCGUGCACGAGAACACCACGGCCGUCAUUGGCCUCACGUGCAACACGACUGUGUCAGGGCGGUAUGUGUGGAUCGUCAACGGCUUGGGGGGACAGCAGCAAAGCAACUCAUUCUGUGUGAGGUCGAGGCAUAUGCGGGUACGUCAGCAGGCAGACAAAGAUACACGUGUGCAUUUCACGUCGAUGCUGCUCACAUCAUUGCCUGGAUUCUGUCUCUUGCAGGUGGCCGAUCGAGUAUGUCGCUGGCCGUCAAGCAAAUAGAGGCACUAUAAACCGCAGCUGCAUCCAUUCGAUCUUUCCCGCUGUGCUCUCUUCAUCAGAUUUGGCAAGUGGCAAGACAGCCUUUCAGGAGCCGCACACCGACCGCGGCCAGGACUGGUCGCCACAGCAUGCCAUCGACGGCGAUUAUACAACGAUCGACGAGGGUGGCUCGUGCGCACACACAUCAGACCUUCAACCAUCUGACGCCCCGUGGUGGGCCGUCGACCUGGGAGACGAACGAACUAUCGACGUCGUCCGUGUCUUCACACGAGACCCCACAACCAAGUGGAAUGAGAGGUGAGUGACGGAUGAUUGGCGAAAGAGCAAGGAGUGGAUGGGGGGACGGAUGGAAGGACAAAUGCUUGCUGUUCUGCAGGCUGUGGGGCGUCCAGGUGCGCAUUGGUCCGUCGCGCAACUGGAAAGACAACGACUUGUGCGGGUCGCUGCCCAGUCCAAUGGCCAACAGCAGCGCGCAACAGAUGUGGUACGACAUCGGAUGUGACAUGCAGGGCCAGUUUGUGUUCCUGGUGGGCGGCAAGGAGCAGACGGCCAACGACAUGAACGAUGGCAUCCUCGAUGUCUGCGAAGUGGAAGUCUACGGUCAGGGAAGCACUAUGACAAUCAAAAUACAUCGACGGGUCUAUUUGUGUGUGAUUCAAGCGUUCCAUGAUUGAUGCAUGAGUUCAGGUCCGUGCGGCGAUGGCUACUUGGCACCGAUUGCUUAUGAGGAGGUAAGCAUGCCAGACGAGAGAGGAGAAUGUGUCCUGUUGUCAUGAUAUCUGCAUUGAUGAUGCGACCGCAGUGUGACGACAAGAACGUUUUGUCGGACGACGGCUGCUCGUACGACUGCAAGGUGGAACCGGGCUGGUUCUGCACCAACCCUCGAGGACUCGACAAGCCAUCUGUCUGCAUGAGUGAGUCAUGCACACAGACACAAGAAGACAUGCCACGGGUUGGUCCAUCCAUUUGGCAGGGACAGGGGUUGCCGAUCAGACGAUCCCUUCUCCCAUCUCUUUCCUGCAAGCCGAUCCGGCGGUCAAGACGAACAGCUUGGGGGUAAGCUGUCCACUCGCCAAGGAGUGAAUACGAGCCAGCCAAUAUCCGUGUGGACAGAGACCGGUUCCGGGCGAUUGCGUCCCUGACGCCACUCGGCACAAGCAGUGCCAGGACGACUGCGCCAAGAUCGGCGGCAUUCUGUCGUCCGUCGAGGCACAUCCCAACGCAUGCUGUCCGAAGGCCUGCGGCACGUGUGGUGGGGAAGACUGUUACGACAGGCCAGGUCGGUACGACUGCUGUGCGGGAUCAAUUGAAGACAAAGAGGACAUGUGCGAGGCCACGGACAAGCCGCCCUGCCUAAUUGAGGGCGACACCCAUAUCCGGCUAUCCACAACACCUCAACCCACGAAAGAACCUGAGGGCGAGACCAAACAGCCAGUUGAGAGACCAGGUGAGAAGAAGCAGAGAAGGCAUGAUGAGCUUGGCUGUUCCUGCUUCUCUGACCUCUUCAGUCAGCCCAGUCCAGGUCGGCGUCACCAAAACUGAUAAGAGAGAUUGGGUGACCGUCAAGACUUCCUCCUUCCCCAACCCAGUAUGUCUAGCGGCUGCAUACAGACCCAUGUUUGAAUGACCCCAUCAAUGGUUGGUUGGUUAAUCUUCUGGCUGCAGGUUGUAAUUGGCGGAUUGCCUGACAUGCGUGGUCCUGACGAGGCCGUUGUACGGAUCAGAAACGUCAAGCCGGGCUCUUUUGAGUUGAAGCUCGACGAGCCAGCGCCCUGCAGCGACCAAAUCCACGGAGAGACGCCCAUCGACUGGAUGGUAGUGGAAGCCGGCGUGUACCCCCUCGACACGGAAAUGGGUCUCACAGUGGCCGCCGGCACCGUGCCAGUGGCUGGAGACAAGAAGUUUGUGCAAGUCGCCUUCCCUCCUGAGGCCUCAUUCACCGACGCGCCCAUACUCCUCGUUCAAGUGGGUGAAGGGAAAAGGGGGCCAGACAAUUUAAAAGGUCUAAAGCUGUUAUAUGUGCACAUGCAGGUCCAGAGCUACACGAGUGGUCGCGUAUUUGUGAAGCAGCGUGUUAAGGGCCUCAGCUCCAGUGGUUUUGAGGUGGCUCUCGAGACGCAGGGGGAAUCACUGGCAGACCCCAAGAACGAAGCCAACUUCGGGCAGGAGGUCCUUGGCUGGGUGGCCUUCUCAUAUCCGCAGAAGGGCGUGCUGGAGGUCAAAGAACUGAAGGCAGCGAUCAUUGCAGGCAUCACGGUAUGUGACUCGCAGAGAAUGUGUGCUUGCAUUUUCCUUUCUCUGCUCAUCCAUCCAUCCCUUCAGCCUGCGGAGGUGGAUGAAAAGCCUUACAAGAUCAACUUCGGCGCCAGCAUGCCGGACGCGCACUUAUUCGCGUCGAUCGUCACCUACAAUGGAUGGGACGCUGCACGUAUGCGCAUACACACGUAUAGGCGUCUUGCCACCUGACCCACGCACACACACAUGGGGCGCAUUGCUGAUUUGUUGCAGAGCUGCGUGUUGCCAAGCAGGAUGAGCAGGGUGCGGAGAUAUUCAUCCAGGAGGAGACAUGCAGCCCAUUGUAAUCGACCGACCAACCACAGAUAGAGCCACAUGUCGCCGCUUCACCGUAAUUGUCUGUUUGUGUUCUUGCUCAUUCAGGGUCCUUCCACACCCGAACAGGGAGAAGGUUUCGUGGAUGGUGAGGCCGAAGUGGUCAGGAUACUAUAUACACCAAGAUGUCGGGUGAACUUCUGUCCAUGCAGGCCAUGGGCGCCCUGGAGUCGACUCCCCUUACCACAACACAGACGCCAACAACACAAGUGCCCACGACUACUGCCCCACCUGCCGCGACGACUCAGGCGCCAUCUUUUGAAACACCGCAGCAAGAAGGGCAGCCGCCCACCACACAAGCCCCUGGAGAAGAACAAGCCGAGAAUGAGGGCAACCAAACCUCUCCGACGGGGCCACCAGAAGCUGGUGCUCCCGCCAAUGAAACUGCGGCACCGCCCGAGGAGGUGCCCGAGGGCACGCAUCCAUUCAACAAGACCGAAGAAGAGGAGAAGCUCGACGAGAGAAAACAAGAGCUUGAGGCCAACGAAUCAGAAGAAGGCGCAGAGUCCGAAAAGACAGCCAAGAAGCCUGAGAACGAGACCGCAGCAGUUGCGCCGCCACACGUGCUGCCAUCCGAAUGCCAGCGCAGCCCCCGGCUGCACAAGGCGUGCAUCGAGGCAUGUGAGGACAUCGGUGGGCUGCUGUCCCAAAGUGCGCCGAAUCCCAAUGCGUGCUGCCCCAAGACAUGCGGCACGUGCGGCAGCAACGACUGUGAGAAGCGCCGAGGCGGUCCCGACAGCUGCUGCCCUGCUAAGAUUGUGGCCGCAGGCAAGAUAUGCGGGCAGGACACCGACAAGCCGCCGUGUCUCAUUGCUGUCGAAGGCGCGUCAGCCAAUGAGACAACGGGCGAGCGCAACAGGACAGACCUCGAGGGAAAGCCUGAAAUUGAACCCCCCAAGGAGCCUGUCUGGUUAUUCGACUACGCCCGUGCCAGUCAUGACCCGGGCCCGCUGAUUCCCGAUGGGACCAUUCGCAAGGUGCAGUGCCGCCAGUCGGUCGGCUAUCGGACAUACCAGGGCAUGGAACCCGAAGCGCAGAUCACGUGCAUUGACGGCGUGUGGACAUUCCUCCCCCUCAUGUGCAAAAGUAAGUGGCUGAGAUACGCCAGUAGACGAGACAGAAGGUCACUUUCUCUCUGUGUGUGUAUGUGUGCUUUUCAGGGGACUGUCCUCUUCUGUAUUUGGCAAAGAAUGAGAAUGAUCCGGGCCCAGGAGACGACACGGUGUACAUCCCUUACCAGUUCGAGCUCAAAGACCCAGCACAAAGCAUGAAGUACGUCAAGACGGGUGAUUCCGAUCAGGAGCUGCCCGUCCACGGCGUGUCCAUCACACUGAGGUGCCGUGACAGCGACAUUCCCGGCCAGGCCUGGCACGCCGUCGUGGGCGUCGACGGGCCAAACGCUGGCGUGGAUGACGCCUUCGGGAGAAUGAAGUGCGUCAAUGGGGAAUGGUCGGCAAUCACUCUCGUCUGCGCAAGUGAGGUCACACUUGCAAGAGAGAGAGAUUCACCUCAAGUUCACUUGUUGGGUCUCUCUCUCAUUGGUUGACGCACGCAGAGGAGUGCUCCAAGACGGAUUUCCUGGAGCUGGUCCCAGCCAACGCAUGGGCGAUGAGCGGUCUCAUGACUGACGCGACGGCCCUGCCACCCGAGGGCGGCCUCUGGGACAGCGCACUGGCCGAGACGUUCCUGCACGGCAGCAUCCUAAGCAUCGCCUGCAACACGGACUCGUCGCCCGUGUACAAGUGCACAACCGCCGAGGGGCUCGAGUCGGGCGAGAACGUCACGGAGGUGGUGGUGCCUGAGGCGAAGAAACCUCCCAACACAGUCCUGACCAAUGAGACCAUCGUCUGCAAGAACGGCACCUUCACGCCAACCACCAUGAGAUGCGAACGUGAGCAGAAGACACACUCUUGGACGUAAUGUCUCUCUCGCUCUGUGUGUCUGUGGGCAGGGAUGUGUGAGCUUCUGCCACUCGAGAAGCGUGUACAGCAGUCCAACGGGUACCUGGUCAAGACGCUGAUCGACCCCUACUACCUGGCGAGGGCAAGCUGCCGAGCGGGGGCUGUGCGGCCAUCCUGUGCGGACGGGCAUCCACUGCCCGACAGACCUACCACAUCAAGAAGACCAAGACGCCGAGCCUCGUCUACUGCGUCAACGGAAACUUCUCCGCCAUCGAACUCUCAUGCAAACGUAUGUACGCGUCACUUCAUUGGCCUGCCUGCUCACGGCAACACGUACACUGUUUGCGUAUCUUUCAUAUUCUGUUGGCGUGCAUCCAUAUAUCCAUCCAUCCAUACAGAGGAAUGCGGCGAGUUGCCCGUGUCGGACGUGCGCUACAUCGCCCUGCAGCACAACGGCCUGGCGCCCGGCAGCACCACUCCCCCUGAUGUGCCCAUCCGGCUAGAAUGCCAGCCUGGCUACUCGCCAUCCGUGGGCAGCGCCCUCGCCCUUCAGGGCAAGCACUCGGUCGGGAUGGGUAUCAGCCAGGCCUUUGAGGAGAUCCUCUGUGAGGACGGCGCCUGGUCGCAAGUCACGCUCGACUGCCGAGGUGUGCCUGUAUGCACGAGAACACGGCCCAAUCAAUCUGUCUUCUUUCUUUUUCUGGGUUGUGCUUGCGGCGUCCGUCCGUCCUUCAGCCGAUUGUGGCGAGCCGCCCUUGCUGACUCCUGCCGAGGCGUACGACGUACGUGGUGAGGGCGUGACGCAUGGGUCUUUCCGCGACAUCCAGUGCGCCGAGGGCUACACACCAGGCGUCAAGGGCACCGCAGCCGCCACCACCAUACACUGCCAUGACGGACAGUGGACCAUGAACCGCAUCGUCUGCUACAGUGAGUGAAGUCUAGUGUGUGUUUGUGAGCAGUCAUGGCUUUCGUCUGACAUCUCGGACGGAUGCGCGUGUCAUGUCCUCCAGAAAACUGCCCCGAGUAUGGCACGUCGGUGCCCAUGGACAAUACCAGGAUGAAGUGGAGUUAUGAGACUUCAUGUAAGGCCGACAGACAGACAGACACAAGAUAAUCUAACGUUGUGAGUGUGUGCCAGUGCGGAUACAACGGAAGGUCGAAGGCGCUGCUCAAGAACAAGAGAGCGACGGCACUGCAGCUGGAUCGGCAGCCAAUGCAACCCAGUUCAUAGACCAAGGCAACGACAACGCUACCACAAACAACACACACGGGAGUGGUGCUGCUGCCAAUGAGUCGGAAAUCGACGAGAUGGCCCACGGCAGCCUGGUUCGUGUGUGGUGCGACCCUGAUGGCGGCUACUACCACCACCGUGAUCCCCAGGCCUUCAUGCACCUCAUAUGCUUCGACGGCGAGCACACGCGACCCGACCCACUGCUCUCACUCGUACUGCCACUCGAAUGCAGAAGUGAGCGAGACACGACCACCAGCGCCCUGUCUCUCGCCCACCAGCAUGAUUGCGUGUGUUGUGUUGGUUUGUUAGGGGCGUGUGACAGGACCCCCGAAGAGACAUACGGCAUGACGGCCGAGAAUGGCUACCGCACACUGGAUGAGGAGACCUCGACGUCUGAGUCCACCAUGUACCACGGCACCCUGCGCAAGAUCGGGUGCCUCACCAGCACCCACACCGCCGAAGUCAACUUCGACGCCAAGAGCAGUGGGGCGGACAAGUGGCCGGGUGAGAUGAUCGAGACGGCCGCCCACGACGAGGCGGGCCAGUGGGACCCAAUUGAUGUGCUUGAAUGCGACGACGGCGAAUGGGUCGACCGCAAUCUCCAAUGCUGGAGUGAGCGAGCAAGCAAGGGAGGACCCACAGCAACAAGACGGCAUACUCAUCUCUGUUUGUUUGUCUGUCUACCUGUCUGAUUCCUUGAUCAGGGAAGUGUCCCGAGUACAAGCCGCCCAACCCAGAAAGGUAUCAGGUGUUGGUGCCCGAGGGGGAGACCAUCCCCUUCAAGAAGUUCCCGACUGUCGCACACGGCACUAGGAGACAGAUACAGUGCAAUGCCAAAAGGCAAGCUGCCGACGAACCGACCCACACCGACACCCACACACACACACACAGGCAGACAAACAAGGGGGACCGGUUGGCUGUGGUGCGGUGGCAGGAUUACGAGCGGCACUUUGAAGGGCUUCCGGUCGGGUUUCUACAGCCCUCAGAUGAUGCUGCAGUUCGGCCCUUUGUUCCUCGACAAGAAGAUCGGCGAGAAGGCACAGAUGGUGGAAUGCAAAGACGGCGAGUUCGACACGACCACACUCGACUGCCAAAGUACCUAGCUGAGUGGCGCCUUUCCUUCGUGUGACUGACUGGCGCAAACGGCACUUUGGCUGCCUGGCUAUAUCCGCGUGUGUGUGCAGAGAUGUGUCCAUCGAUUGGCGACAAAAUGCAGGAGCUGUGUAGGGACUUCUACCUGCAAUUGGGGCCGGCAGACCAAGACGAGAUGGGGCCGUGUAAGGGCAAAGGGGGCAAGGCGAAGAAUGACUGCAUCAAUGCACGCUGCAAGGACCUCAAGGCGGCCCAUACGCCUUAUCGGAUCAUCAAGUCGCUCAUCGACCCCGACACCGCCACCACGAAGAUCGUCGGCGACCCUGACCCGACCAAGAUGGACACUUUCCCACACUUCUCGAGAAAGGUAACGCACCCAGCCGGGAGCAUCCACCGACCGCACUCGGCUUUCGUGGAAUCUUGUGUCGUGUCUGUGUGUCGAUCAAUUGAUGUGUGUUGCAGCCUGCCGACGUGCACCUGGUGAUAUGUGACGAGUCCAAGGGUUAUGCGCCAACACACAGGGCCGUGGUGGAUCUGUCCGACCCCGAACAUGACCCCUUCGCCUCCAGCAUCGUGGGCGCAAUCGAUUGCUAUGACGGGCAGUGGUCAGACCUACCAUUCAGAUGCAAAAGUAACCAAGCAACCAGAGAGAGCACUAGCAGCACAUAUGGGCAGUGCAUGUGUGUGCCGAUCGGAGAUGCUCUCUAUGGGCGUGUGUCUUCCUCAUCAGAGGGCUGCAAGGGUCCGUUCGAUUCGGAGCAGACGUCCAACAUCAAGACCGUCAUCAUGGGGGGCGAAGUCGAUAUCACCACAGUCGGUGGUGAGGCAGUCUGGUUCAAGAAAAUGGCGGCGCUGCAGAUCGACGGCGCAAUCGCCCACAAUUUCACCGGCGGGCCCUUCGACGACACACUCGACGAUCAGGAUUACUAUUACUAUCCUUCGGCUGACGUCGUCGACGUGCAUGACCUAAUGGAUGCCCUGGACACAGAUGAGCUGUCAUGGCGCAAUCAGACAUCCAACGACGCGACGGUCCCCUCCUCGUUCCGCGAGGCCCUCUCGGCGUUGCAGGACAAGUCUUCAUCAAGCAGAAGGAGAUACAGUUCGUGCAGUUGCGACGCAGAGAAAAAGACGCUGAUGAGCCUCGAUAGCGAGAUCAGCCGUUUUAGGACGGACAUCCAACGCCUCAAAGACCAGGCCAAGAAAUCGCGUGAGGAGCGGGAGAAGAUCGAGAGGGAAAGGGCGCGGCGGGCCGGGGCCGAACAACACAAGGGGCAGUUCGGUGUCCCGUACAGCACAGCGGAGCUGAAGUCAGCGCGCAAGUACACGGGGCCCCUCAACACCCGCAUGUGGCGACGUCUCAAGAAGGACUACUUCGGCAUGGACUACGUCAUCAACAAGAAUUCAAAGACCACGAAAAGCUUCAUCCAAGAGGAGAGCACUGAGGAGACCCUGACGCACCAACAACAACAACAGAAGGCCGACCCGAGGACCUUUCUGCAGACCGAGCACACACAGACACAGACCCUCACUCAGCCCUACCCAGCCCGUAUAAGGUGCAGGAGGAGAUACGGCCAAAGGAAGGUAUGCAAUGAGUGCUGCCCCGAGCGCUACAAAGCCCAGAUCGCUCAAAAAAGGGGAGCAAAGGAGUCUUUGUCGGCGGAAAAGGCCACGGUGGUGAAAAAGGCUCAGGAAGCGGCGGCGGUGCUCAACGCGCUCAAGUCCAAAAGCUGGGGCCUCAUCAAUGACGGCUUUCAUAUAAUGUGGGGCCCCGGUAAGCACACGACUGACGCAGAGAGGGAUACACACGGACGCAGAGCAGAGGACGUGUGUCUCUGCCUUCCUUUUCUUUCGUAUGCGAUGGGGUGGCUCACUCAGGGUGUUGUGACUUUCGCAACUGUUGGUUGAGGCGUAGCGUUGCCGGAAGGAUGAACUACUGCACCAAUUGGUACUACGGCGAGGGCACAUGGGUGGUGAUAGACAUUGGUCAGCACGGCGCAUCCCCUACGCCGGACGCCCAGGGCAUUGAGGUCUACUCCAUCUGCUCAGCAGGCCGCUUCACCGACCCAGUCAUCCCCAGCACCUAUCAGAUUAGGCUAUGAUCCCCCCACAUCCAGCCAAGAAGACCACCGAAGGGCGCCCCAUUUUCCAACUGACCGACCACAAAUUCAUUCCCCAAGAGACGAUCGAGGAGACAUAUGCGUCCCAAAAGGCAAAAGUAACAAGUCAGAAUUGCAUCGACGGCGGCACGUCGGUCCAUGUAGCGGGCCGGUCCUCGCCAGUGGCCCUUCGGCACGUCAGAGUGGGCGACCGAGUCCUCUCAUGGCGGCCGACAUCACGGGGCGGCAAGGGACAGCCCACAUAUGCCGAGGUCUACUUCAGGCGAAGCUACAGCAAGACAUGGGCAAGGGCCACAACGCUUGCGGUCGGCAAGUUCCUUCCCCCUUUGGUGCUGUCGCCCAACCAUCGGCUACCGGUCUGCCGGCCGAGAGGUCACAACAGCAGUGUUGCUUUGUCCUGGUCUCGUUAUGGGGAUGAUAUUUGUGAGGAUAUCAUUGGUCGACUGGGAGAUGCGGGCAGCUAUAUCCUGAGACAUGUGGCGGCUCAUGAAGUGUUGGCUGGUGACGUGCUCGUGACGGUUAAUCAUUCUUCUCUUGUGGCGAGGGGGAUGGAGGUCUCUGCAGCGCUGCAGGUAGGUAUUCACCCACAUGUUCUUACCGAGACAUGUAUACGUGUCUCUGUGUUUUGUGUCCAGCAUCGUGGGUUUGAGCUGGUCCACACGACUACUGGCUACAUGCUGGCUGGAGGGGCGGUCGUGACGGACUCCGAUGAGCCCCUCGACGAAUUUGUGCCGUGGUCAUUUAUCAACAACCUUGAUGCCAGGUACUUACUCGGUUUCCCUAUGCGCCACAUCAGGCAUCCAACGCCACUAUGACUGACACCCCCCUCUGCCCGCUCCAGGUUGCUUUAUGAGUUGUGGGGUCGUGAUGGGGUCGAAGGUGCAUGGUUCCAGACCUUCUGGAGGUACUUACGAGCAACAAAGCCACCAAGAGAAACCGAAUGGUCAGUCCUUGUUGCUUCUGUGGUGUCUCAGGGCUGUGGCGGCUUACGAUGAGGGCAUGCAGGCCACUGUCAGAGAUGUCCUGCAUUCUCUGAGGCCAUUUGUUCCCUUUCCUGUCAUUUAUGCCGUUUCGCUUUCGGCUGCCCUACUGUUUUGGCUUUGCAUUUUUGGCAUCUUCGCUGUGCCUCUGUUGAUAGUUAUUGUGGCAUGUCGAUACACAUCUUCCUGCAGGAAAUAUGUGCGCGACCGCAGGUCGAUCGCCAUGUGGCUUGCCAAGCUCUUCAGGAUUAAGGCCAAGGCUGCAUGAGUGCUAUGGGCCACUUUAUGGGCACUCGCAACACUAGAUGCGUCCAUGUGCGUGCUUUGGUAAUAUAGGCUUACCGACC